UCGCAAUGUCAACACAAGUGCCGACGGUUCGCUUUAGCAAUGGGUACGAAAUCCCGGUCCUCGGCUAUGGGACGUACUUGGCUCAAAAAGGCCAGUGCGUUGAGCUGGUAAAGAAAGCGAUCGAUCUCGGCUACCGGCACAUCGACACCGCCUUCCUGUACGAGAAUGAGGUCGAGAUUGGGCAGGCGAUACGGGACAAGAUAGCGGAGGGUGUGAUCCGCCGGGAGGACGUGUUCGUGACGACCAAGCUGUGGAACACGUUUCACGAUCCGCAGCACGUCGAGGAAGCGUUCCGCCGUUCGUUCGACAUGCUCGACAUCGGGUACAUCGAUCUCUUCCUGAUGCACUCACCGAUGGGAGUACAAUUCUCCGGGUACGAGUAUGCGGACAUGCAACCGAAGGAUGCCGACGGCAAUAUGCUCCUCUCGGACGUGGACUACGUCGAGACGUGGAAAGCGAUGGAAAAGUUGGUCACUUCGGGCGGCCGGGUACGCAGCAUCGGACUGUCCAACUUUAACAGCGAGCAAAUCGAGCGCAUUCUCCAGAUAGCGACGGUGAAACCGGUCAACAAUCAGGUGGAAGCCAACCCGGGCUACGACCAGCGGAAGCUGAUUGCGUUCUGCCAGGCACGGGGCAUCACGGUGACGGCGUACGGGCCGAUGGGACGACCGCACCGCACGACGUACGGCAACCGGAAUGCGCUGGACGACCCGAAGGUGCUGGAAAUUGGGCGCAAGUAUGGCAAAACGGGCGGUCAGGUGAUACUGCGCUAUUUGAUUGACAUCGGAACCAUCCCGAUUCCGUACUCGACGAACGAGGAACGCAUGCGGCAAAACAUUGACGUGUGUGACUUCAAGCUAACGGGCGAGGAAAUUGAAUAUCUGGCCUCGUUCCAUUCGGCCCGCACAAUACCAUUCUUGCCACUCAAGUCCCACAAGUACUAUCCGUUCGAUUUAGAAUUCUAAGGCAAUAUGGUUCGCAUCAAAAGCGAUUUUUAAAGGGACCGGUGAUGGACAUUGGUUUUUUUUAAAUAAAAUUGGUUAAAUGUUUGAAGAGUA